ACGAAGAAGACAGACAUGCAUGUUGUACUCUCGCAUUAUCUCCCUCGUAUGUUUACAUUUUGGAGAAGCCCGGUGUUUUACGCGCAGUGAGGCAGUGGCGUUGUGCAACGCAAACAGCGCAAAAAAAUCAAAUCGGCCCGCUGGACUCUCUUGAAGGGUUGGAGAGAUGUCAUCGGUGUGGCAGCAGGAGCCGUCGGCCUACUCCCCCUGCGUGGAGAUCGACUCAAGCUCUGUGAGGAGCAAGGACAGGGUCAGCUCCCCGGCCUGGCUCAAGCAGGAGCACGACGACCUCAACAUCAUCAAGUGGGAGAAUUUCCAAACAGGAGCCACAGCAGAUGCAGUGCAGGACAACACACCCAGCAGCGCCAUGUCUACUGUCUCAUAUACAGAGGGCCUGCCUCCGAGGGUGCUGCUUACCAUCACCAAGCUGCAGUGCAUGCUGGAGAGCAAACAGGAGCGCAUCGCCGCCCUGGAGAGACAGGUGGAGGACCUGAUGCAGGACCGCAAGUUCCUCCGGAGCCAGAUCGAGAACCUCACCAGCAAUCGCUCCAUGCCAGCUUUUGCAUCGCCGAUCCCCGUGGCUGAAGCUCAUAAAACCAGCAAGGUACAACAUUCAGAAACCAAAUCUCGAAAGCGAGAGAGGGCUUCUUCCAGUUCCUCUGUGAGCAACGACAGCGGUUCUGAAGCGUCCGGCUCCUCUGAAGUGUCUGCAGCUUCGAGCGAACACAAAAAGAGGAGACACCACAAGGACAAGCGAAGAGGGAAGAAAGGGAAGGACUACAGCAGAAAGAGAGCCACUGGCGUCCAGUACGUCAUCCAUCGCUAUAAACAAGUCCUGUCUGCCUUCAUCAAGAAGAAGAGCAUGAGCGAAGCCUUCCGCCACCACGGAAUCGACAGGAACACCAUCGCCAACACCGCGUCGAUCGCUGAGCUCCAUCUGGCCGGAAAAGACAUGGUGCCGCUGGUGGGCAUGUUUCGUCAAGGAGAAGAGACUCUGGUUAGCUACGCCCAGAGGUGUUCGCUGGUCAUCGACACCGACGCCGAACUGUCCAGGCGAAUAGACCAGAUGAAAGCCAACGGCGAGCUUCUGCCCAUCUCAGGGAAAAGACCCAGGGCGUUACUCUCUCAGCUCUCACAGCUAGGCGGAACUGCAGAAAGCAUUUUAAUUGGUUAGAGGGUGAUGAAACCCUAAAGAUUUGAUGGCAGAAAUGCGUCGUUGCUCUGACCUCUAUGGGUUGAAACCAUAAGCUGUGCUGCACUUUUGACCAAAUCUAAUGUCACUGUUGUUUCAUUUCUGCUCACACCCAGCAGUGAUGUAGAGCUGCCAAAUGAGCUUCAGCAAGGUAAAAUUUCCAACCACUAGAUGCCAGUAAAUUGUGGAUUUUCUGCUUGGGUUUCAUCACCAUUUAAAGGGUAACUACACCCCAAAUCUAAAUCUUUUUGAGGCCUGACCUCUGAUGGUGGAAAGUAGUGUGCCUGUUCUUUGGUGGCAGGUGAUAUUCCCAACCCACAGAGUACAACAGGUGCCACUGAAGACCAGGCUCGCUACUUUCCACCAUUAGAGGUCAGGCUUCACAGAGAUUUCAGUUUUGGCUGUUCCUUUUUAAUAGUAAGAAUAACACAUUUCAGAAUGGGUGACAAAAUAUAAUGCCUUCAUAAAAUCAAGUUCUUUAGUUCUUCCCUUGAAUUGAACUACUGGAUUUGAGUGUUUCCGUUUUAUGUAGCAUUUUUACAUGAUAAUAAUAAUAAUAAUGAUAAUGAUCAGUGGUUCUCAAACUGGGGGUUGGGAUCCCCAAGGAGGUCAUGAGAUAACUUUUGGGAUUCACAAGAUGAUUAGGACAUAAGCAAAUACAAAAAUAUCAUGAUUAUUUUUUCACAUGCUAACUCUUUUUCUGUUUUCUUGUGAAAUACAGGAUAGGUUUAAAAUUCAACACCUCCUCUGAUAAUGAAUCUAAUGAAACAACCUGAACAGGUGGUCAUGGUUGUAGGUGGACUCUCCACCUCUCUGCAUAUGCAGACUGAGACAGGGGGUUGCAAGCAGGCAUUGGUUUGUUGUUAAGGGGUCACAAGCCAAAAAUGAUUGAGAACCACUGCUCUAAAUGUUUCCUUUACAUUUCUGUGGGAGCACGAAUGUGAAGUAUUCUGACUAUAUACAUUUCAGUAUGUACAAACAUACAGACGGGUGACAAAUAAAAGGACAAACCAACAUUAAGUGUCUUAGUAAGCUGUUGAGCCGCGACAAGCCACCAGAGCUGCUUCAGUGUAGCUUAGCAUAGAUUCUACAAGCCUCUGGAGGUCUGCUCUAUUAUUCCAAAUGGUAUUAUAUGAAGAAAGGGAUAUUAUAGCUAGGCUACAGUGCAUAAAGCCCUCAUUUGAAAGACAAAUGCAGAUUGGAGAAUUCAGUGGUGCAUCAGCCAUAGGCGCUGGUUUACAUGAUGUGGAAGAAAUAUGAUCAGAUGAGUCAUCCUUCGCUUUACUCGAUUUACAUCCUUCGCUUUACUUGACAAGUGCUGGACCCCUACAGUGAGGGGGUCCGCUGGCUCUCGCUGCAAAUCAGUGCAGGGUUAAUGUGAGUGAUGACCUUUAGCCAAUGAUGAAACAUUUCUGUCCCGAUGGGAGUGCCCUAUUUCAGGGUGACCACGCUCCCGCCCCGUCCACAGGGCAGGAGGGCUCACUGAAUGGGUUGAUCGGGAUGAAAAUGAUGUUAAAUCUUAUGGUCACCGGAUCUCAACCCAACUGAACACCUGGGGAGAUUUCGGACCAACAUGUUAGACAGCACUCUCGACAACCAUCAUCAAAUCGCCAAAUGAGGGAAUAUCUUUUGGAUGAACAGCGCUCCAUCCCUCCAGUAGAGCUCCGGAAACUUGAAUCUAUGCCAAGGAGCACUGAAGCUGUUCUGAUGGCUUACGGUGGCCCAACACCUCACUGAGUCACUUAAUGUUGUUUUUCCCUUUAAUUUGUCACCUGUCUAUACAUGUAUUUGUGUAUAUUUUGUAUCUGAUAGGUCUACAGAUUUAUUUGCAGCUUUGAUUAUCUGGAAAAUAAUAUUUUUUUGACAUGCGAAGGUAAGGCAGAGGCGUGUAGUGUUAGAGAUGCCCACAAGAUGGCAGUGCUCACAUAUAUAUAAAAAAAAAAUGUUUACAAGUCAUCUGUUAUCAUUUAUUCCAAAAUGGUGGCUAGUCAAGUUCCAUUUUCAAUCAACACUAUGUAUAGUAUAGAGUAUUUUUUAUGUUUGAUUCUUGUUUGAUUGAUGAUGAUUCUUUGUUGUGUUCAUAAGCAUUCAGAAAAUAUUUUGUUGACUUGAUCCUGUGACUCUUAUGCUGUAAUUGAAUUGAAUAAUUUAAAACAGCAUUUGUUGCAGUGUGUUUUAACGUCCACCUUUAGAAUCAAAAUGAUAAAUCUUAUUUGUUUACGCAGACAUUUUAACAUUUUCUGUAUGUCCAAGAGGAAUGUGCAGAUGUGCAUCCAUUUACAUUUUGGGUGUGUGUUUCAUGCUUUUAUCUGAAGUCAUUUACAAAAGGAUGAUACUCACUGAGUGUCCUGCUUAAAAACACAUUGCCUUUGAUAGAAACAUAUAAUCUGUAAACUUUCAGAUUUCACAGUUCAAGUUCAUGUUCCAUGUUGGGAAGCCUGCAGAGAGGGCCUUGAAGUAAAGGGGAAAAAAAGCCAAAUAUUGCUUUACUUUUCAUGCAUAAGGAAAUUCAUAACAUCCACACCCCAAUCUCACAACUGCUGUUCAAUUCAAUAAGCUGAAGUGUGCCUGCUUAUAAGUGAUAAAUAUUUUACAGUACACCUAUAGGUCUUACUAAAUUUGGUCCUGCUGGUAGGGACAUAUUUUUAGUCUGUCCGCUGACCAGAGCAGUGGGCUGCAGCAGUUGUGUAGACAGAUGGGGAAGCUUGGUAAGACAUCCUUGGGCGAUGGUAAGUGUCAGUGCAAAGUGCUGCCAUUGCCUUCCCUGCUGUUUGCUUUUCACAUGGAGUGACAAAUUACUUGUGCAAAGCCAUUACAAGGGCUGCACCCAGGCUGUUUAUCUUUGCAUGGGACUCUGUCACUGUCACUCUCAUUCACACACUGACUAUCUGCUUAUCUUUCACUUGCACAUCCCAAUCUGUCUGCGUCCCCGUCUCUGCCAGGGGCUCCUUCAGCCAUUAUUUCCCUUUCCAUCGGACUCUCAGUUCUCCAGAGUCUUGACUCUUCGUCCUUUCUUCUUUCUUCAGUCUUUCUUCUUUUGCCUUGCCUCCCACUCCAAAACGAGCCGUGAUAAUGGCAGAGAAGCCCGCCAGAGCUUGGGAUGCAUGGCUGUGGUGAGUGAAGCGUUUCAGUCACGCCAGCAGGGGUGAACGUGAGCAGCCUCAUGUUCCUCUCAGCCCCAUUUUUUAGCUGGAGGGGACAGGUGCAUGCUGGUCUGCCGAGUGGCAUGAGGUAGAAGGAGUGGGUGCCAGCACUCAUCUCUUCCAUGUCCUGAGGGAUGCAAAUGUCACUUCUGCUCUCCUUUUCACCAGUAUGAGACAUGACGAUAGAGGAUUUCUUUUCUGCAAAUCCGAUGUGAAAGCGAAUGCUGACUAUUGUAUCGAAGCAUGUGGCUAGUUAUAUAAAUCAAGCCUCACUACAGAGCUGUUUAUUUUUUUUGUAUUUCCAGUAUUGGUCAGUAUAUCUUACAAGAGGGCAGCAAAACUGCAUCUCCACCUGCUUAUACGCAAGAGUGGCAGCUGUGAAUCUGGUGCUAAUGACUAGGGGUGAUGGAGCUCAGAGCUGGAGAUGGAGAUAGGAUGUGGGCCUAAUCGAGCCUGAAGCAUUCCCCCCUCCUCCCACUGCCUUUUGACUCACAUUGGUGUGUGUGCAGCUGGGGCUCCAUUUUAUGUCUGCGGUGCUUUCCUUUGCUCCCAAAUUGUGCAGUUGCAGGUGCCGUGUCAUCGCCCAGGCUGCAAGUGCUUGAUGGAUACAAAAUUCAGCCCCCUCCUCUUGUCCAGUUUGGGUCCUCUUUUGAUCCUGACAAUGACAAAAAGAGCAUCUGGAUGCUCUUACUGAGAGUAGCUACUAAUAACCACCAAUCACCCUCUUAAUGGUGCAAAUAAAAUGUAUUUGAACCACUGAGUUCAAAUGGGCCAGGGCCCUGCUUUGUUGUUACACUGGCAGUAUGUGUUAGCCCCGUAUAAUAAAUGUCUCAGAUAUAUUACAUAAAGGAUUACAAGGCCUGUAAUGGAGCAAAAGAGCUCAGACUUGAGCAAUUGAUUUUAUGCUCUCUUGGGAAAAUAGUGUUUGGCAGUACUAACAUUGAGUGUUGUCUCACUUUUUCACAGUUACUGAGAUUGUUGCCAGAUACUAAGUAACAGUACACCAGCUGGCAUUUCCUCCAGCGAGUCACCACAGUGGGUUAUUGUUUGCAACACAACAAGGCAAGAAUGUUUUUCGGAGUGUGUGAAGGAUUGCAACUGAGUCAAAAAGAAAAAUGAAAUCAGUUUAUGUAAGUGUGUUUAUUCCUUUCAUAUUAAAUAACCAAUAACUUUUUCA